AUGUGCCAAAAACUGGGUUUCUGCUCAUAUACUCGCUGUAUCAGUCUGUUCAUUUCGUUGUUUUUUUUUUCCAACAUAAGUCUGUUGACUUCAUUCCUUUAUCUAUCCAUAGCUCUCCGUUCCACUGCAUCCCAUUCUCAUUCUCCUUACUCUCCCUUUUUCACUCCUCCUGCCUUCUCACCUCUGACUACAUUUUCUAUGAUUGCUCUUCCUUCCCUUUUUCUUCUUUUUCUCUCCUCUUGCCAUCCCUUCUUCGUGAAAGUACCUCUCUCUUCUUUUCUCUCUCUUAAAAUCGGUAAGAGAUAUAUCAUUUUUUUCUCUGCCUUUUUUCUUCUUAACCCGUAUAUUUCACAAUCCACAAUCGCGUUCUCCCUCCCUAUCCAUCUAUAUCUCUUUCUCGUUGAGUCUCGUAUAAGCAAAAAAAAAAAAAAAGCUCUCUCUCUCUCUUGGAUGAAUACCUUCUCGGCUGACACCGGAGGUCGGGACGACGGUGAUUAUACACAUGAUGGCUCUCUUCAAUUUGUGGCUAAAAAGGCUGCCACAGUAAGCCUGCCGGAAAUAUACAUAUAUAAUGACGCACAAUCUAUCUAUCUAUCUAUCUAUCUAUCUGUCUGUCUAUCUAUCUAUUUCGCUCUCUCUCUCUCUCUCUAA